CGUCUCAGAGUGGCAGUGACUCUCAGAAGUCAAGAUGGGUAGAGGAUCACCAAUUCCCCCAAUGUACGCAAAUAUCAGAAAGGAGUUUCUUAGUUAUCAUCAUCAUCAUCUACAGUGCAUAAUAUCAUGCAAAGAUUCAAAGAAUCUGGAACAAUCUCUGUGCGUAAGGGUCAAGGCCGGAAAACCAUACUGGAUGCCCGUGAUCUUCGGGCCCUUAGACGGCACUGCAUCACAUACAGGAAUGCUAAUCAUGCUCAGUUAUACGGAAUCACUUCGAGUUCUAAUUUUAUUAUUUUAUUAAAUUGAAUGUAAUGUAAAUAAGGAAAAGGUUUUUAUUUUUUAUUUGUAGCUAAGAGCUAAAUACACCAUGUUACAUUUAACCCUUUUAGAAAUAAUAUAAUCCAUGCAGAUACAAAGGGAGAGAGGGGCGCCAUCUGUUGGUGAAAACUGUUUGUACAUCAGCUUGAGAUGCAGCAGAAGCAGCAUCUGCUCGGGAGCCGCGGGGCCUGCGAUAUCGUUGGUUGUUGGUAAUCAGCGAGUCUCCAGAUGUAGUCGAAGGAGCACCACCAAGUUUCCCCCACUGGUCCACAUACCCCCCCACUGCAUGGCUUCGCUUGCUGGUGUCUCUCACCGCGUCUCCAUUGCCCCUGUCCUCCACACCCUCAUACUGGGGUCUCAGGCCUCUCACAGACUGACCAAUGACUGCCUGGAUUGUUCUGCCUGUCAGCCUGUCUGCUUUCUCCAUCACGGGGAUAUGGAUUGUUUACGCCAUGGCAGUGAUGAACCAUCAUGUCUGUCCUGUUGAGAACUGGUCAUACAAUUUGACAUGUACAGAGGAAACGGCUAAGAGGGGCUUCCCAAAGACCUGCUGUACUCUUCAAGACAUCCCCCUCAUCAGUAAAUGUGGUUGCUAUCCACCAGAGAGCUGUCUCUUCAGUUUGAUUGGCAAUGUUGGGGCCUUUAUGGUGGUUAUGGUGUGCAUGCUGCGUUAUGCUCAAGUGAUUGAACACAGCCAUCACUGCUGGACCAACACAAGUUCUUUGGUCUCUGGCUGCAUUAAUGCCCUUGGUUUGGUCAUGGUUGGCAACUUUCAGGUCGAUCAUGCCAAGACGCUUCAUUAUGUGGGAGCGGGUGUAGCGUUCCCUGCCGGCUUGCUGUUUGUGUGUCUGCAGUGUGUUCUGACGUACCGUAUCGCAGAGACAGCACUGGACUACUGGAUGGCUCAUGUGCGUGUGGCACUCUCAGCAGGAGCUCUGGUAUCACUUGUUCUCAGUGGUAUCUUCUUCGUCCAUGAGAGUUUUGUAUUGCAGCACGCCGCAGCCAUCUGUGAAUGGGUCUUCACGGUCUUGGUCCUGGUGUACUACGGCACCUUCACCUAUGAGUUUGGCACUGUCAAUAGUGAUACCUUGAUGGCGGCCUUAAUGAAGCGCAGUCAACAUCAUCAUCCAGGGUCAGCGGUCAUCAUGGGGGGAAUUGGGAAGGGUGUUGCAAUGGGAUGUGGUGCCCGCAGUCUAAAGUCACCUGGAGGCAGCAGCACUUCCACACACCUCAACUGUACACCAGAAAGCAUCGCCAUGCUUUAGGUGCUAACCACUACGGUAUUCUCUCAGACCUCAGCACACAGACUCUUCAACUGGUUACAAAAAUUUUUUGCAAAACUGGUACAAGCAAUACAAUAGGUUUACAGACUUUUUGAUUAUAAUCUAAAAGUAAUGACCAGUCAGUCAUAACUAAGGUAUUUUGCAUGAUAUUUUGCAUUCAUAUGUAAGAUUACUGAAAACACAGCCUCAAUAACCAGCACAGACAAUUCCUUCCCAUGAUUCAAGGGGCUUCUGAUAGAAAUGCUUUAGUUUUAC